GAAGUUAUUAAAUUAUGUCAGUCAACAUUUAUCCACGACGAUACAUUGAUCGUUGUUUAUUAACAUUACUGUUUCUCAUUGGCGGAAAAAGUGAUCUUGUGGAAUCUGGGAUAAAAUGGUUGCGGAUAACGCGAAGAAUUUUACCAUAGAAAAUAAUGUUUACAAAGGAGAAAUAUUACCUUAUACGGGCAAUUAUAAGAGUCUUGGAGAGAUGGUAUGGGUCCAGAUUAAAAGCCAUAGAAAUAAAAUCGCACAUUUAGACGCACGCACAGAACAAGAGGUUACAUAUGCAGAGUUACAAGACAAAGUCGUAAGAUGUGCUGUAUGGCUCCAAAAACAAGGAAUCAAGGCUGACGAUGUUAUCAGUGUGUGUACACAUAAUCAUGUUAAUUCUAUUGUGCCUUGUUUGGCAGCAGUUUAUAUCAACGCGAUUUUUAAUCCGUGGUACGACAAUAUGGAUAUGCAAACUGCGCUGCACGUCUUGCAGCUAACUAGACCAAAGGUGAUCUUCUGCAGCGAGAAACCCACAAACGUUAUUUUGAAUGCGGUAAAGGAAAAUAAUUGCAAUCCUACGAUUGUGGUUUUCGGCCAUCAUCCCGACACAAUUUCUUUUUCCGACAUUUUGAACUCUUGCAGCGAUGCUGAAGUAGCAAAUUUUCGAUAUAUCGAACUCAAUGAUAUCAAGAAAACGGUGUGUAUCAUGCACUCCUCAGGUACCACGGGAAUGCCGAAAGGUGUUGAAAUGUCCCAGUACACUCUGUUACUCAUUAGCGAAAUCAAAAAUCUGGACAUGACCAACGCAGUGUCGAUCUGGUUCUCAUCACUUUACUGGAUCAGCGGAGUGAUGAUGAACUUUAAAGCAAUUGCGCAAGGCGCCAAAGUGAUCAUCUACCCAGAAUUCGACGAAGAAAUGACAUGUUUACUUAUUGAAAAAUAUAAGGUAACAUUAAUUUUCCUAAGCACAAGCAUGAUAUGCCGGUUUCUCAGAGCGGAUUGCGUAAAAAAAUAUCCCUUAUCAUCUUUGAAAGUCAUAAUUUUCGGCGGAGCAGCAAUGAAGGCGAAAACGCAAGAAGAUGUGAGACGUAUUUUACCACAUAUCCAGAUGAUACAAGGUUAUGGAAUGACGGAACUUGGUGGACUUGCGGCGCUACAACUUCCGAAUCAUAAGAAUGGAUCUUGCGGGACAGUAAUCCAAAAUGUGCAAAUAAAGAUCGUGGAUCCAGAAAACGGAAAGAUUCUUGGUCCAAAUCAGUCGGGAGAAAUAUGGAUAAAGACGGCAACCAUGAUGAACGGCUAUCACAGAAAUCCUGAAGCGACAAAAAAUACAAUUGAUGAAGAAGGAUGGCUGCAUUCAGGUGACAUUGGUUAUUUCGAUGAAGACGGAGAAUUGUUUGUUAUCGACAGGAUUAAAGAGCUCAUAAAGUAUAGAGGAUAUCAAAUCUCACCUGGAGAAAUCGAAGAUGUGUUACUAUCACAUCCGGCAGUGUUGGAAGUUGCAGUAGUAUCAGUACCUCAUGAAAUAGAUGAUGAGCAUCCUAUUGCUUAUGUCUCUAAAAAACCUGACGUCAAGGUGACGGAACAAGAAUUAAUAGAGUUUGUGGCGAAUAACAUGAUGGAUCAAUACAAGCUUCGUGCUGGGGUGAUAUUUUUGGACAAUUUUCCAUAUACAGGUUCAGGAAAAAUUGCAAGAAAAGAUUUGAAAGCAAUGGCUAAAAAACUAGCUAAGGAAUAAAAAAAGUUAUUAAUUAUAAUUAUAAAUGAAAUUAC